AUGUGGUCACAAACACUACCCAUCAAAGACCUUCCUCUUUCAGCUCAUCUCCUCCUCUUAAUCCUAGCGUUUAUCUUUUGGAAGAGUUGUUCCAGAUAUUUAGGCAGAAGCCAAGUCCUCAAGUCACCCCCAGGGCCAUGGAAACUGCCUAUUCUAGGAAACUUGCUUCAGUUGGCUGGUCAUCCACUGCCACACUACGCAUUGAGAGACCUAGCCAGGAAACAUGGACCCAUUAUUCACCUGAAACUAGGUCAGUCGGAGGCUACUAUAAUUUCAUCCAGCAAAGCAGCCCUAGAGGUGUUGAAGACUCAUGAGAUCAAUUUUUCUCAGAGGCCUCCGUCUUUGUACGCUGAAUCCUUAACUUUUGGCGGAGGAAGCAUUGCCUUUGCUCCUUAUGGAGAUUUCUGGAGAGAGGUGCGCAAGAUUAUUGUUUCCGAAUUAUUAAGCUCUAAGCAUGUGCGGGCAUUUCGGUUCAUAAGAGAAGAAGAGGUAAACAACUUUGUUGCAUCCAUUUCCUCCUCAUCAUCAAAAUCAUCAUCCAUAAAUUUCAGCGAGGAGAGCAUGCUCUUGACAAACGGCAUAAUAUCGAGGGCAGCAUUUGGAAACAAGUGCAAACAUCAAACGGAGUUCAUAGCAGUGCUCGAUGAAGCAAUGAAACUAUUUGGAGGGUUUGGCAUACCUGAUUUGUUUCCUUCACUUCGAUUUCUUUGUUUGGUUACUGGAACCAUACCGGCCAUGAGAAAGGCGCUAGACAAGCUUGGAGUGGUACUUGACAGUAUCAUCGAUGAUCAUAAGAGGAAAAGAUCAAUCAAGGAUGAUGAUAAACCAGCAGGAGGAUUUGAUCAUAACGAUGAUCAUCAAGAGGAAGAAGAUCUAGUCGACGUACUUCUAAAACACCACGAGUCAAAUACUAAGCUUGAUUUCAAAUUGACAACUGGUCAGAUCAAAGAUGUCGUCAUGGAAAUCUUCACGGCGGGAAGUGACACAACAGCUACAACCCUAACUUGGGCAAUGUCAGAGUUGUUGAAAAAUCCGAGAGUAAUGAAGAAGGCCCAAGCUGAGGUGCGGCAAUCAGCGUUCCUUACAUAUGAAGAUAUCAAUGCCCAGCACAAAAUGGAUUACUUGAAGUCAAUUGUGAAAGAAACUCUACGGUUGCACCCUCCUAUCCCCUUGCUCCCAAGAGAAUCAAGGGAAAGAUGUGAAAUCGAUGGAUAUGUAUUGCCUGCGAAAACGAAAGCAAUCAUCAACGUAUGGGCUCUGGCUAGAGAUCCGGAACAAUGGGGUGGUGAUGCUGAUUCUUUCAAGCCAGAGAGGUUCUUAAAUGACUCAAUGACUGCCAAAAUGGACUUUAGAGGGAGUGACUUUGAGCUCAUUCCCUUCGGGUCCGGUCGAAGAAGAUGUCCGGGCAUGUCAUUUGCCAAUGCAGUGAUUGAGCUAGCUCUUUUCCAGUUGCUCUACCACUUUGAUUGGAAACUUGCUAAUGGGAUCAAACCAGAUGAUCUAGACAUGACUGAGAGAUGGGGAGCAGCAUGUAAGAAAAGGGAUGAUUUGUACGUCAUUGCCACCCCUCAUAUCCUUGAUUCAAUGACGAAGUCCUAG